AUGCCAUUCGGAUUGGCAAAUGCUCCAUCUAUAUUUCAAAGGACAAUGAAUAAAAUACUCGCAGAAGCUAAAAUAAAAUAUGCUUUAAUUUAUAUGGAUGAUGUUUUAAUUCCAGCUAAGUCUUAUUCUGAAGGAAUAAGGUUUGAAGUUAGUGCGAACGGUAUAAGACCGGGCUAUCAAAAAACAUUAGCUAUUUCAGAAUUUCCAAAACCAAAAAAUAUACAUGAUAUUAGACGAUUUAUCGGUUUGACAAGUUUUUUUAGAAGGUUUAUAAAAAAUUUCGCGAUUAUUGCUAGGCCGUUAACUGACUUACUUAAGAAAAAUUUUUCAUGGAAUUGGACAGAUCAACAAGAAAAUUCAUUUAUUACAUUAAAAAGUAAAUUAGUGGAAAGACCUAUAUUGGCACUCUAUGAUCAAAAGCUUGAAACUGAAUUGCAUACAGAUGCGUCUAAAAUAGGUAUAGCUGGAAUCUUAUUGCAAAAAGGGGCUGAUAAUUUGUUACGACCCGUUGCUUAUUACAGUCGAAAAAAUACUAGUGAAGAGCAAAGGAUGCAUUCAUUCGAACAAGAGACACUUGCGGUAAUAUCUUCAUUAAACAGAUUUAGAGUAUAUUUAUUAGGCAUAAAAUUUAAAAUUGUAACAGACUGUAGUGCCUUGCGUACAACUUUUACAAAACGUGAUCUUAUUCCACGUAUAGCGAGGUGGUGGAUUCAAUUUCAAGAGUUUGAUUGUGAAAUUGAAUAUCGACCAGGGAAUAAAAUGGGCCAUGUUGAUGCGCUUAGUAGGGGUCCUGUUAAUGAUUCUAAUCCGGAUACUGACUUACAAAUAUUAGACGUAUUAAAUUUCACCACUGAAGAUUGGAUAGCUACUAUACAGAAUAAUGAUGAGGAAAUUAAGAGAAUAAAGGAAAUACUGGAAUCAAAAAAUACUAAAGAUACCGUUGAUAUAUAUAAUAAUUAUCAGUUGAAAGGGGGUAAGGUUUACAGAAACAUAGAUGGAGGUAUUAGAUGGGUUGUACCAAGGGGUGUUCGAUGGCAAAUUCUACGCAUGAAUCACGAUGAUAUCGGUCACUUCGGAUUCGAAAAAACUCUUGAACGCGUAAGAUCUACAUAUUGGUUUCCUAAAAUGAGAAAAUUUAUUAAGAAAUAUUGUAAUUCAUGCCUAGAAUGUGCAUAUCAUAAAGUUCCGGGAGAAUACAGAGAGAGCAAUAGAGAGAGAGCAAUAGAGAGAGAGAGAAGCAAGACGCAGUCUGAACUCUACAUACUAAAC